AUGUGGAGUGCAGGGCGGAAUGUGUUAAUCUCUGCUCCCUUGAGUCAGACGCCGCGGAGCUCUCAGGUUCCUCCCGAGUCACCAGAGGCGCAAGUAGCUUCACAGCGAAAUUCUUUGAGCGAGUCUCACGGAGUGGUUCCAAUUGAAACCAAUGCAGUCGUGGUCGCCAAUAAUGGCGAACCGUUCAUUAAAGAAGAGAGUUAUCGCGGUCGCAGUGAAUAUCUCGGCGGCAGCGUUCCGUUUGAUGAAAAUAUGGUGAAACCCGGUCGCGAAACUACAUAUACCAACCCCAAAGCAUCGGCAACUGACAUGCAAAUGCUCCGCGAUCAAGGUGCUUUUGAGUUGCCUCCGGUAUCAGUUCAAAAAGAGUUAAUGGCCAGUUUUAAUAUGCACUGUGCACCUUGGACACCGGUUGUGGACCCAAAAUGGCUAGAUGAGAGUGCGCUGCGAUCAAUGCUGCUCCUUCAGGCUAUAUUUCUCGCUGGAAGUAGAGUUUCUAAAGCUCAUUUGGACUAUGGGUCUAGCGAAGUGUUUUAUCGACGAGCGAAAUUACUUUUCUUUUUUGGUGGUUGUGACAACCCUUUAAUUUCUAUUGUGGCCGCCUGCCUGCUGCAUUGGUAUAAUCCGGUUGGGCCCGAGGAUGUCUCUACUGAUACCAGCGGGUUUUGGAUUCGAACAGCCGGAGCAAUGGCCUUUCAGAUUGGGCUACACAAGGAACCCUCGCCAAAUUCUCGAGAUCGGGGCUUCCGGAGAAGGCUGUGGUGGUCUCUCGUGGUGCGAGACAAUAUAAUUUCUGUUGGCGUCGGCCGACCACGAACUAUCAAUCUACGCGACAGUGAUGUGCUUCCACCAUCACUUAAUGAUUUCCCUGUGAACAACUUUAAGUCUCAAUUAUUCCUAGCCUACUGCACGAUAUCCCGGCUUCUGGGAGACACGGUUGAGUCCCAUCUACGAAAGGAAAUCUCUCGCCAAAGGCAGGUUGAUCUUGAGAACGCCGUCUACCGAUGGGCAAAACAAGUCAUUCCAAGGUUACGAUCGUCUGUCGCAGAUCAAGACGAUGCGGCUAUUUGUAAUCUUGAAGUGCAACAGCUGCUGGUCAUGUAUUUCGUGGUGCUCACUAUCCUCCAUCGCUCGCCUACGCCAGGUAGCGUACCGCCCGCAGCAUCGCUAGUCGCAUCUUCAUUCAUUGCCGGUAUUUACGAGGAAUUUUUGCUUCGCGAUGAGCUUCGAUACUUGGGUCCUGUUUUUGCAUUCUAUCCACUAUGCGCUGGACUGUCACUCCUAUCUAGCUGUCGCUAUGCCAACCUGCAGAGUACCGCCGAACACGAAUUAACAGUCAUGAAACUCUGCCUCCAAAAGCUAUCUGAACGGUGGCUCUCGGCGGUCGGGCCAUUACGUGCACUGAACAAAUUGACCGAGAAAAUCCGAGAGCUGGGCCCCUUCGAGGGUCCCUCGCCUACGCUCGACCCGGAUGCUGCCUCGUUCUUUGAGGGUUUCGACACAAAACUUUGCAAACAAUGGCAAGCCAUUGGACAUUGCUCGGAUCCCACUAGUGGGAACACGGGGAUUACGCCUACUUGCACCAUGGCCGACAUUCAAGACCCUGAUACCCUUCGGUCCCUUGAUGCUCCACCGGGACAGCAGGCGGAUACUUACGACUUUGCUUCCCUUGAUGUUAGUUUGGACCCAUUUAGCAAUAAUUGGGAAGGUGCUGGAUUUGACUGGAGUGGCUCCUGGCUACUUAAUAUAUGA